AUGUCUGACAUGAAUCCUCACUCCCCUCACUAUAGUUAUUACUCGAUCUCCUCGGAAAACUCCCCUGUCAAUUCUUUUGACGAGGAUGGCGAUUCCUUUACAUCAUUCGGCUCGAUCCAUACUCCCCCUCGCUUGAGAGCUAUGAUCAGGUCGAUCUUCGAUGGAACUCUUAUCCACUCAUCCGCUGGAAGCUCUCCCCAUGAGCGGAUCUCCGAUCAUGUACCGGCCGCGAUUGUAGCCGAGAAUCUUCAUCCAGGCGACACCUUUAAUGAUCGCCGCAAUCGCUUGUUGGCCGCGAUCACCCCUCCAGCCCAAGAUGCUGAACCGGACAUUCGUUUAUCGGAUGAAGAUUGGGAGUAUGAGAUUGACAGCUCUACCCGCUCCUCGGAGUACACUGAUGAAUUGUGUUCCUCGGAGGUUGACUAUCAACUUGAAUCGGGCGAAAUCCUAGAAUCGGAACCCGGCGGAGCUUUUAACGACCACUGCUCGUUGGCUCCAAUUGAACCUCCAGCCCCAGAUGUUGAUUCUAUCGCUCACUCUUCUGAUCGAGACGCUGAGUACGAGCUCGAUAGCUCUUCCCCCCCAUCAGAGUACAUAGAUGAGUUGGGUUACCCCUCCGACAUUGAUGCUCGUCUCGAAUCGGGCGAAGCGCUAGAAUCUGAGCGUGGCCAUAGCUCACCGACCCCUAUCCCUAUCAACACCUUAUCCGAUACUACCGACUGGAAAGAUUUAGGUCACACUAUUGUAUCUCACGUCGAUCCCAGCCUGCUGCCCCAAGCGAUGAAAGAGGCUUAUGAUUCUGAUAUCGAAUCGGGAAUCUCGCUGGCGAGCUUUCCUGACGACCCAAAAGACACAACCUAUAUCCCUCCCCGAGCCUGCAAGAAGCGAUCCAAGCCUCGCGCCGAUCGAGUCCGUUUCUCAGGGUGCUCUUCACCCAAACCGGAGCCUGUUUGGUUCCGUCCCAGAGAUGCCAAAGGGCGUUUCAUAGCUAGUCGGCCUAAAGGCAAACGGCCGAUCGCCAAGACCGGUGAUAUCCCGUCUGGCUCGCCUCAUAUGAGUCUUGAUUCCUCGUCCUCUUCUAAAUUGACCACUGAUCAGCGCCACCAAUACCUUCCUCAACACUUCCCUGCCCCUGCCCCCGAUGCCGGUAUUGAUCCCCUUCUUCCCAUUCUAACGAUGAAUCUCCCUUUACAUGAUCCUCGUAUGCAAUUCAGAGCAGCGGUCCUUCAUCUCUUCAGGGUACUUGAGCCAUUCCUUACUGGUUUCAGCCCCUUGCGCGGCGAGUGGGAGCUCAUCGAGGUUGUUAGUCAAGCACUGCUUUCUGCUCAAGAGUGGUAUGUGGAAACACACCAGUUCUAG